AUGACGAGCGCCACGACGGCGGACAUGAUGGCAACUCCAAGGCAGCACACGGGCGGACGUCAGCGCGUCGCGUCGCGCCUCGGGGCGCACACCGUCCUCGCUGGUCUCGCCCCAGACGGCGGCCUCUACAUCCCUGAACACAUCCCCUCCCUCCCCGGAAAUUGGCAGACCGCUUGGAGAAAUCACUCAUUCGUCGACCUCUCUAUCGAAGUCUUGUCUCUUUAUGUUACCUCAGACGAAAUCUCCAGGGAUGAGCUACGGCAGCUCGUCGAAAAAUCUUACAGCACCUUCCGGCAUCCGGACAUCACGCCGCUAAAGAAACUCACCGACUCCGCUUACAUCCUGGAGCUCUUCCACGGUCCAACGUUUGCAUUCAAAGACGUUGCGCUUCAACUGCUCGGGAACCUCUUCGAGUUCUUCCUGAAGAGGAGGAACCAGCACAAAGCGCCGAACGAGAAGCCAGAGAAGCUGACAGUCGUCGGUGCGACGAGCGGAGACACCGGGAGCGCAGCAAUUUACGGCCUACGGAAUAAGGCGAACGUCUCAAUAUUCAUCCUGCACCCGAAAGGCCGUGUCUCGCCCAUCCAAGAAGCUCAAAUGACCACCGUAACGGACCCGAAUGUACACAAUCUUGCCGUCAAGGGCACCUUCGAUGACUGUCAGGACAUCGUCAAGUCCCUAUUCGCCGACCGCGAGUUCAACGCGAAGCACCGGCUCGGUGCAGUGAACUCGAUCAAUUGGGCGCGCAUUCUCGCACAGACGGUUUACUACUUUCUCUCCUACUUUCACCUCAAGCGGCAAGUCCCUAACGAUGCCGAUCUCGAGAUCCAGUACGUCGUCCCCACUGGCAACUUCGGUGACAUCCUCGCGGGCUACUACGCGAAGCGCAUGGGGCUGCCCAUCGGGCGUCUCGGCAUCGCGACGAACGCGAACGACAUCCUCGCACGCUUCUGGAAGAGCGGCGCGUACGAGAAAGUCGACUCGUCCCGCGCGACGACUCCCGCUGGGGAGACGGCUCCAGCGGCGGGCGCAUCUGACGGGAAGCAGGCGGAGGACACGAGUGGGGUAAGGGAGACGCUUAGCCCUGCGAUGGACAUCCUCGUCUCCAGCAACUUCGAGCGGCUGCUGUGGUACCUCGCGUAUGACAGCGCGAAGGGCUCAGACGACGCGGAAAAGAGGCGCUCGGCGGGUGCGACGAUCGCAGAGUGGAUGGGGAAGGUGAAGAGCGACGGACGGGUGCAAGUGCCGACGGAGGUAUUGGACCGCGCCAGGCGCGACUUCUUCGCGGAGAGGGUGUCGGACGAGCAGACUCUCGAGACGAUCAGGUACUACUUUGAGUCGGCGAGGUAUAUCGCAGACCCGCACACCGCCGUCGGUCUUUACGUUGCGCGCGUCGUUGCUCCAAGCAACCCACCAAACGUCCGUCAAAUCGUCCUUUCGACGGCUCAUCCCGCGAAAUUUUCCGAAGCGGUCACCCGCGCGCUCGAGGGCUCGCCCUCGUUCAACUUCGAACGCGACGUACUCCCGCCGGAAUUCAAGGGCUUGCUUGAGCGCGAGCGCAGGGUCAUCGAUGUCGAGGGUGCAGAUGUCGAGCUCGUUAAGGAGGUUAUAGAGAAGUACGUCGUCCAGGAUGUGGGCCAGGUUGGUGCAGAUGUAUGA